AUGAGUAACUGUCCUACCAAGGAGCAAUGUGUACACCGAGCGAAGCUUGCAGAGCAGGCUGAAAGGUAUGAUGAUAUGGCCGAAGCAAUGAAGAAAUGCGUCAACUACGUUUAUUCGGAGUCGGCAGGAGCUCCUCUCGACAACGAGGAACGGAACCUUCUGUCUGUUGCCUACAAGAAUGUCGUUGGAGCACGUAGGUCGGCAUGGAGAGUCGUUUCAAGCAUAGAAUCUAAAACAGAAGGAAGCGAAUCAAAGCUUCAGAUGGCAAAGAAAUACCGAGAGAUCAUUGAGGAAGAGCUGAAAGCCAUAUGCAACGACGUUUUGGAGUUGCUGAGCAAGUACCUAAUUCAGAAAGCCCAGGACGAUAACACCCAUCAUGAUAGCCUAGUGUUCUACCUCAAAAUGCAGGGCGACUACUACCGUUACUUGUCGGAGGUGUCAGUGGGCGAUGAAAGGAAAAAUUAUGUAAGCAAAUCAAAUGAAGCAUACAAAAAAGCAACGGAAAUAGCUAAAGAGAAGAUGCAGCCAACACACCCGAUUAGACUAGGACUGGCUCUAAACUUUUCUGUCUUUUACUAUGAGAUCAUGAAUGAACCCGAUGAGGCCUGCAAAUUGGCAAAAUCAGCAUUCGAUGAUGCCAUCGCUCAGUUAGAUCAGCUGAAUGAAGAGUCUUACAAAGACAGUACUUUGAUAAUGCAGCUGUUAAGAGACAAUCUUACACUGUGGACCUCUGACUCACAGGCAGAAUGCGAACAAGAUCCUGAGAACCCGUGA